AUGACCAAAUUCGUGGCGGCUUUAUACAAAGCUUAUGAGGCUACAGAUUCCUCCAUGUUCGAGAUCAACCCGGUUCUGAAAACAUCCGAUGAUAAGAUCAUUGCGGUGGACGCUAAAGUAACCAUCGACGAUAACGCCUUAUACCGUCACAAAGACAUCGAAGCCAUGCGCGACGAGUCGGAAGAAAAUCCGGUAGACGCUGCAUGGUGA